AUGCUCUCUCCGUUCGAAACCCAAAUACAUCCCUUUAUUCGCUUAUCCUUCGCAAUUUGCCACCACGCCACCUCACACUUACCGGCCGCCACUACACCAUCUCUACUUGUCACCGUCACUACACCAUCCCUACUAGUCACCGCCGCUCCACCAUCGCUAAUCGUGGGCCUCCGCUUCACCGAAGAAAUGUUGCGUUCGCUUCUCCGAGCAGUCGCCUCUGCACAGUCGAAGUCAACUCUCAUCCCAACCUCCAUUGCAGCAUCGAAUUCCAAAUCUUCUCAGCUGACAUCUUCCAGAGCUUUCGCGGCAAAGAAAGCCAAAUCCUUGGGUGCAAAGGCGGGCAAUAAGAAAGCUCAGCCUAAAUCCAAAGCCGAUGUGAAAACAAAGUCGAAACAGGAAGAGACUGUUGGUUCCUCCGUCGAUGAUGCAGCUCAUGAUCUCAUCUCGGACGAAAGAAACCGCAGGCGCCUCCUCGAUGAAGAUGAGCGCGAUAUGUCACUUGACAUCGGCCCUAACGGACGACCGUUGUUUACUUCCGCUCCUUUAUCUGAACUCAGUAGAAAGGACGCCUGUACUUACAUGAAGUUUAGGUAUUGUAUAUGCCUUUCAUUUUACCUGUACAUUUGCAAAUCUAAAUUUUAUCCAUCGAGUAACACGCUUCUGUUCUUACAUUUCGAGAAUCUGUAUAUCAUUCAUUGA